AUGUCUUCUCUAAGAUCUACCAUGUCAUAUAAUUCCAAAACAACCUUUGAUGAGAAUCUUUGGGUGAUUCAAGUUCGGAAAACCCUAGAAGAAGAGUUUGAGGAGGAAAAUGGUGAAUUGUCUAUAUCCAUUUUCAAUGUGCCAAAGCUUCUUAUGGCUAGUGAUCCAAAUUCUUAUGUUCCACAACAAGUUGCAAUUGGUCCCUACCAUUAUUGGCGUCAAGAACUUUUUGAAAUGCAAAAUCACAAGCUUGCAUCAACAAAAAGAUUCCAAAAACAACUACAAAGUCUCAAGAUAGAUAAUCUUGUUGACCAAUUGACAAAGUUGGAACAAAAGAUUAGAGCAUGCUACCACAAAUUCUUGGAUUUGAAUGGCGAAACCUUGGCGUGGAUGAUGAUUGUUGAUGCAUCAUUCCUACUUGAGUUCCUUCAAUUUUAUGCCAUGCAAGAAGAAUCAAGAAAGGUAAUUUCUUCCAACAUGUCUCAUUUUGUGAACUAUGUUGGGAGGAGAUUAUCUCCUAAUGCAAUUUUGAGGGAUAUUGUGAUGCUUGAGAAUCAAAUUCCAUUAUUUGUUUUGAGAAAGAUGCUUGAGUUAAAAUUCUUUUCAUCAGAAGAAAAUGCUGAUGAUGUGUUGAUAUUGAUGUGUAUAAGGUUGUUUAAAGAGAUUUCACCCUUUAAGAUGUUUGAAGAGUAUCCUAACAUUCAAGUCUUAGAGUGUGCACAUUUGCUAGAUUUUUUGUAUGACAUGAUUGUGCCAAAAUUAGAAAAACAACAUGACAUCAUUGAAGUUGAGAUUCAACAAGAAGUGGAUCAACAAGAAGGAGAUGAAAAAUCAUCAACUAAUGAUUCCAUCCAUGUUAAGAAAUUUUUGAGUAUACUUUGGAAAUUUCUUUCAAAGAUAAUCAAAGGGCCUUUGCAUGGAAUCAAAAAGGUACUUAUAUCUGCACCUCUAAAAGUCCUUAAAAAGUUACCUUGGGAAAACAUAACCAACCUUCCAGGAAUCAAACUUGUAAAACAACCUAUUGAAUACUUUUUAAACACUCAAAAGAAAGAAGAGGAAAAACCAAAAGAUGAAAACUCUAGUACUCUAAAGAACAAAACACCCUUGGUGGAGGAAAUCGCUAUUCCUUCUGUUGAACAACUUGUGACUGCAGGGGUUAAUUUCUUACCUGCAAAAGGAAGCAUAUCAAGCAUUAGUUUUGAUGCUAAAACAAACACUUUUCACCUUCCCACAAUUAGUUUGGAUGUCAACACCGAAGUUUUUCUUCGAAACUUGGUUGCAUACGAAUCAUCGGUUGGAUCGGGACCUUUGGUUAUAACUCGUUACACGGAAUUGAUGAAUGGAAUUAUAGAUUCCGAGAACGAUGCAAAGAUUCUAAGAGAAAAAGGGAUUAUUCUAAAUCACUUAAAGAGUGAUCAAGAAGUGGCUAACAUGUGGAAUGGAAUGAGCAAGUCAUUGAGAUUGUCAAGGGUACCAUUCUUGGAUAAGACUAUUGAAGAUGUUAACAAGAGUUAUAAUAAUACAAUGAAGAUCAAGAUUUGGAAAUUUAUGAAGUCUUAUGUGUUUGGUUCAUGGCAGUUUUUAACAUUCUUGGCUACCAUCUUCCUCUUGUUUAUGACAGCCUUGCAAGCUUUUUGCUCUGUCUAUACAUGUCAUCGCUUCUUUGACAAGGCACUACUAGAGCUCACAUCCCCGGACACAAAUUAA